CACUGCCUUGCUGUACAAAAUUACAAAUUAUAUUUAAACAAUAUGUUUCGUUAAUUCGACUAAAUUUAAAUACUACUUCAAACAAAAUUUCCCUUUUAUACUACUAUCGAGGUGAUGUAUGUAGCAAGAUGUCUGACGAAGAAAGUGUGGAUAUUAAACAAGAGUUGCUGGAUCUAUUAACAAAUGUUCAACCAAAUCUACAAGAUGUUAUCAAACGGAGUUUCACAAAUGUUGUAUUGCAACAGAAUAAAAAUGGUGAACAAAUCAAACCGGAUGUACUGGAAGACACAUCAUACUUUGCUAAAAACACCCAAGUUAAUCUAACAAGAUUGGAGCUACUCAGGAUGCCUACAUUCCACCUGCAGACGGUAUCUCUAGACCUGAAGUCAAUGGCGCUAAGUCUGAGAUGUUCACUGGGAGAGGUCGGUGUUAAAGGCCUGUACAGUGCAUUUAAUGAAAACUUAUAUAACCUUAUACCUGUCAUGUCAGAGGGACAUGUUUUAAUAUCACUAUCAAAUAUGACAGCUGAUGUAAAUGUAGGUCUGGUGAUGGAAGAUGACGUGUUCUCAUUCGUAAACCCCGGAAUUGAUUUUGUACAUGAUGAAGUUAUAGUCAAGUUGUCAUGGCCAUCACCUCAAAGAAAUGGUGGAUAUGAAUUUACGACAACGGAACAAUUAGCUAAACACAUAGAUGAUCUACCGCUGACCGCAGCAGUAUCCUUGCCCCUGUACGCGUUACUGCGACACCGGCUGCAGCGGCACCUGGCGCUGGUGCUGCGGCAGGCCACCAGCGUCUCCGACCUGCUCUAUACAAACCCUAGCCUACUAGAAGUCUAUAGGUCGAUGGCACGCGAGCUGUGCGCCAAGGGCAACCGCGCCGUGGACAUGGUGCUCAUCAACAUGCGGCGCACGCUGCUGCAGACGCGCCGUGAGCUGCUGCAGCUGCCGCCGCUGCACGCCACAUUCAUGCACAAGAUAGGAUCGAUAUCGUUCGUGGGCAAGUUCGAGACGGAGGCGGGCUGGGUGAAGAACUUAGCCACCAUCAACAGGGUCGGGGACGUCAGCGUCGCGCUGCUCGCCGGCGACAGGACCAGCUUCAGCGUCACCCUCAAGAUAAAGGAUCUACAAAUGGGGUACGAGGGGUACCGCAUGCGCGCGAUGGGCGUGUCGUGCUCGGGGCGCGUGUCGGCCGCGCUCGCCGACUGCGCGCUGCACCUGCGCCUCUCCGCCGGCCGCGCGCUCGCCCCGCCCUACGCCCCGCCCUACGCGCAGCCCUACCUGCAGCUCGACUGUCUACGUCUCGACCACUUGCAGUCAAUGGAUAUGCAUGUGACUGGGCUAGGUCCGCUGAGCGGCGCGGCGGGGCUGGUGCGCACGUGGGCGCGGGGCGCCAGUGUCGCCCACGUCGCGCCCGCGCUCCUCGCACAGCUCACACACGAGCUGCACACCGCGCUCACGGAGCUGCCGUUGUGGGACUUACUGCACGCAAACGAGUACUCGCACACAUCAGGUUCCCACUGUGCGUCGUAGCCCACGCCUAGACAGCCUGCACAUGUUAAACAGCCCACGCCGACCCUGCGCGGCACACUAAACAGACCACAUAAGUUGUCACUUUGUCAGGCUAGCCCACGCCUAGACGGCCUGAUGCAGGACACGCUAUGGACAUCGCCCACAUAACUUGAUAUAUUGCCCAUUAUGCGUGAUUAACCCACUCCUAGCUUGUACUACAAGCUAUACACAUUGACUACAUAAGUUGCUACUUUGUGUGACUAGCCCACGCGUAGACAGCCUAUUGCAUGGCAAGCCAUCGCCCACAUAAGUUGCAUAGUUGCCCACUGCGAGCCUAGUCCAUCGGUACAUACGUCUCGUAAUUGCCCACUAUACUAGCUUAGCCCACACCUAGACAGCAUCCCUCUUUUAACAAUUGGGACGCCUUGUAAAGGUGAGGAAUUUAAUAUGGAGCUCUGCUAAAAUAGCAAAUAAUAAGUAUUUUUUUAUUUUUCAUAAGGAAUAAAUUAAAAUCUUCAUAUAUUUUUUAUUAGAACAGGGUUAUAGUCAAUACAUGACCAUGAAAAUGUAUUUACACGAAUUACUAAGGUACAAGGACCCCAUUCGUACAUUAUUUUUUUGGUUUAUUUGUUAAUUUUACAUUUGCUCAAAUCGAUUUGUCCAUAUUUAUUUGUUUUUUUUUAAAUGGUGUGUUGUACAAUACCUAUACAAUUUUAUUUAGAAACUAUUAUUAAACGAUCAACUAAAACA